AAGAGCCCCAAAGAGCUGUUGUCGGAGGAGCAGGAGCUGAGUUUCCAGCCGCUGCCGGAGGAGCAAGAGGAGGAGGAGGAGCAGGAGGAGCAGCCCCCAGAGGCCACGGAGGGCAACCCCAGGGCCAGCAGGGAGGUGCCCAUCAGCCCCACCGCUGUGGAGAGGGCAGAGAGAGAUCAAAAGGACUCCCGGCCUGGCCCAGAGGAAAGGAAGCUGCCGGCUCCCCCGGGCACCCCCUGGCAGCCCAGCCCUCCCUUCGUCCCUCUUGCCGCCACCACCAACGCCGCCGCCAGCAACUGUGAAACCCUCGUGCCGGGGAACUCUUCCAAAGCAGAGAAGCUGGCGCUGCUGCCCUGCGGCAACUCGGAGGCAGAGGCCCUGGAUGGGGACCCGGGCCCUCUCGGCUGCCCAGCCCAGCCCACCCCUGCCGCCCUCUCUCCCCUCCCCGUGGCCCCGCCUGCUGCUCCUGCUGCCGAGUUCACAGUGGGCGACAACGAGGAUGAGGACGGGAUGAAGCACCUGCAGCAGGAAGCAGAGAAGAUGGUGGCCUCCCUGCAGGACAGCUCCCUGGAGGAGGAGCACUUCGGCCAGGCCAUGCCCGAGCACCGCAACACGGCGGCCGCCCUGCCCCUCUCCCACGAAGCAGCCAUGAAGUGGUUCUACAAGGACCCCCAAGGGGAGAUCCAAGGACCCUUCACCACCCAAGAGAUGGCCGAGUGGUUCCAGGCCGGCUAUUUUGCCAUGUCGCUCUUGGUGAAGCGGGGCUGUGACGAGGGUUUCCAGCCCCUCGGAGAAGUGAUCAAGAUGUGGGGAAGAGUGCCUUUUGCGCCCGGUCCAUCCCCCCCACCGUUGCUGGGGAACCUGGACCAGGAGCGCCUGAAGAAGCAGCAGGAACUGGCGGCCGCCGCCAUCUACCAACAGCUCCAGCAACAGCAGCUGCUUCAGCUCGUCAACAGCCGGCAAUACUCCCAGUGUGCCGCCCAGCAGAAGGUGGCGUCGGGGGAUCUGAGCACCUUCCUCCAGCAGCUGCAGGCUCUCAAGCCCAGAGCCGGGGAGCAGGGCAUGAUCCCCUCCAUGAACCGAUCCAUAUCUGUGCCAGACACUGGGUCCCUCUGGGACACACAUACCUCAGCCUCAUCGCAAGCAGGUCGAUGCAGGUCUCCUUCAUGGGAGCCUGUGGGGGGCUGGCUGCUGCCCUCCUCUUCCUCGUGGGGCCAGCAGUCCGUCAACGCCUCUUCUGGGCAGAGCAGCUUCAGCCUGGCCGACCUGCAGAAGCUGGGAGACAGUCGGACCUGCAGGGAACUUCGGGAGGAGUGCCGCCACCAGGAAAUACUGCAGAAACUCCUGCAGCAGCAACAGCAGAACACGCAGCCCCUCUGGGGGGGCCUGGCCAAGCAGAGCCCCUCCCUGAAGGCCCUGCUGGAGUUGCAGCAGGAGAGCGACAGGCACCUGCAGAAGCCGGCCCAACCCCGGGGUCAGCAGCGAGCGCACGGCGGACACGGCCUGAGCAGCCUCUCCUCUCAGUGGGCUUCAGACGUGGGUUCACUGUGGGGGGGCCACGAGAAGGCCGGCCCCCUCGGCCUCUGGGAGGAGAGCAUGAAGGGCCCCGGGCCCCUCGGCCGCAACCUGGGCUUGAGGAAUAGCCGGAGCAGCCCCUCCCUAGGGGACGCCUACUCCGUCUCCAGCCGGCAGAGCAGGAAGAAAACCGACGAGGAGGAGAAGCUGCUGAAGCUGCUACAGGGCAUCCAUAAACCUGCCCAGGACGGCUUCACCCAGUGGUGCGAGCAGAUGCUGCACGCCCUCAACGCUUCCAGCAGCCUCGAUGUGCCCACCGUGGUCGCUUUCCUGAAGGAGAUGGAGUCGCCCUACGACGUCCAUGACUGCAUCCGCUCCUGCCUGGGAGACACCCUGGAAGCCAAAGAGUUUGCAAAACAGUUCCUAGAGCGCCGUGCCAAGCAGAGAGCCAAUCAGCAGCGACAGCAGCAGCAGCAGCAGCAGCAGCAGGAGGCCUCGUGGCAGUCGCUCUUCCCGGCCAACCACAGCCCCAAACCGCCAUCUUUUGAGAACAGCCAAGCCGUGAAGAUCAAGAGGCGCCCCGUGAUGCUGCAUGCAGACCCCAGCAUCCUGG